UAAUAAUUUUGUAAUUGAUUUAUCCUUUGAAGCAUUAAUAUUGAUUUAUGUAAUUGCAAUUGAUUUUAGUGAGGUUAGUACACAGUCAUAGCCAUAAAUGCAACGGUACUAAUAAUUGGCAUAAUCAUUUGUUUCGGUGUUUCGGCUUUCAGCUGUCGUUUCCUUAUUUUCGGUUUUUGGUUUCAGCCAAGAAUUUUCAUUUCGGUGCAUCCCUAGUUGACACGUAUACCAACAACUUUGUUUCCUGUUAUCAUUACUAUGGAGAAUCUGUAAACUGCUUUGGUGAUGUUAUGUCAUGUGACUGACCUGUUGCAAAUCAACCUAAUCAAUCAACCCUUUGAUUAGUUUCUAAAUGCUCCUCCAGCUGUUUCUCAUUAGCACCACUUACUCUAACAGCUUUUUGUUUCCCUGUCCCUGCUUUUUUGAGAUUUUUCUCUGCCAUCAAAUUCAAAAUGAGCUAAAAUAUUUUUCAUGAAAUGUUAAAAUGUCUCUGAUCAUCUGAUAUGUUGUUUAUGUUCUACUGUGAAUAAAAUAUGGCUUUGUGAGGUUUGACAAUCAUUCAAUUCGGUUUUUAUUUGUAACAUUUUACACAUUGUCCCAACUUUUUUGGAACAUUUGAUUCAAAAACAGAAAUGAGGUGGAAAAAAGCCAUCGAACGCCUGAAGACAUUUUCAGUGGUGUCAGGAUUGACUGUAAAUAUUAGAAAUGUGACCUGUUUGCUUUAAAAGACAAACCAAAUGAUCCUAGAAAUCUGUGGUAAUGGUGUAAAAGAUGUGGUUUCAUAUCUGGGCAUUAAAAUAUGUCAAAAUCUAAAGGAACAGGUUCAUAUGAGUCUUGAUCCUUUAAUUCAAAAGGUGAAAAAGAAAUGUGAUGUUUGGUUGUUCAGAGAUUUAUCUUUAAAUGGACGUAUUUGACUUUCUAAAAGUGAAGGGCUUUCACCACUGGUGUACCCAGCUAUGGUUCUGGAUGUUCCACAAGAAGUUAUAAAACAGACUGACAGGAAACUUUUCAGCUUUGGAUGGAAAAAUAAACCCCAUUAUUCAAAAAAAAAGAUGUAUUAUGUAUUUCAUACUGUGAAGGGGUCUAAAUGUGUUAGACUUUGGUACAUCCAAUACAAUCUUUAAAGUCAACUGGAUUAAAGGAUCUAUAAAAGAGAAAGACAAAUGAUGGUUCAUUAUUCCAGAACUUUAGUUUGAAAAGGUCGGUGGUGUUGAAUUUUUGUCGCAUUUUAAUUUUGAUGUGAAUAAGAUUCCUGUCAAUCUGUCCAACUUCCACAGACGAGCUUUAUUAUCCUGGUUAAUCAUUUACAAACACAACUUCUCUCUACACUGACCUUUGACCUGGGACAAUAAAGACAUUAUAUAUAAAUAUAAGGCCUUGUUUUUGAAGCAGUGGAUGUUAGUCUAAAAAUCAGAGACACCAAAGAAGAAGAAGAUGAUCUGUUCCUGUUACAUAGAGGAUUAAAAAUCAUUCCUGAUCUCCAGAUUCUUCUUCAUGAAAAAAUCUGACUGGUUUCUGUGUUCCUGCUCUGAAGAAGCUCCGCCCCCUCACCUGCCUUGUCUCACACCAACCAUAAAACAGACUGUUACUUUGACCUGAAGAGAGACUCACUCUGGCAGAGAGAGCUCUGCACCAAAACCAGCACCACUUCCACUGAGAGACGACAGCUAGAGGGAUACUGGGAGUACUGGGAAUACUGGGAUACUGGGAAUACUUCCACUUUAACCAGGUACUGAAUCCACCAACUUAAGCAGACUUUAAAAAAACUCAGAACCAAAGAAAGAGGAACUUUCAGGGACGGAGAGUGGCUUCCUGUUUGUCUGCAGCGUCUCCAGCUUCACUCCAGACAAAAUGGCGUCCGAAUUAGAGGAGGAUCUGAGCUGUCCGGUCUGUCUGGACAUCUUUAAGGAUCCGAUCAUCCUGUCCUGCAGCCACAGCUUGUGUAGAGAGUGUGUGGGGAAGGAGUGUCCCUUCUGUAAGAGGAGACACUCAAAGCGAUUAUUAAGUCCUAACGUUGCUUUAAAGAAUCUGUGUGAGACUUUUCUGCGGAAAAGAAAACGGAGAGCUUCAGAGGAUCUCUGCAGUCUGCAUCAGAAGAUGCUCAAACUCUUCUGUCUGGACCAUCAGGAGCCGGUGUGUCUCGUCUGCAGAGAUUCAGAAAAACAUGCUGAGCACCGAUUCAGACCCAUCCAUGAAGCUGUUCAACAACACAAGAAGAACCUUGAGGAAACUCUGCAGCCCUUAAAGAGGAAGUUAGAGGCUCUUGGAGAUGUUAAAGUGAAGUUUGAUCAAACAGAAACUCACAUGGAGGUCCAGGCCCGACACACAGAGAGGCAGAUUAAGGAGCAGUUCAAGAAGCUUCAUCACUUUCUAGCAGAGGAAGAGGAGGCCAGGCUGCGUGCACUGAGGGAGGAAGAGGAGCAGAAGAGGCAGAGGAUGAAGGAGCAGAUGGAGGCUCUGAGAGCACAGAUAGCAGAUCUUUCACAGACAGUCAGAGCCACAGAGGACCAGCUGAGGGCCCAAGACAUCUCCUUCCUGAAAAACUACAAGGCUGCAGUGGAGAGAGUCCAGCAGCGCCCCCUGCUGGAGGAGCCACAGCUGCCCUCAGGAGCUCUGAUAGGCCAGGCCAAACACCUGGGCAACCUGGCCUUCAAGAUCUGGACCAAGAUGAAGGAUGUGGUCUCCUACACACCCGUCAUUUUAGACCCAAACACUGCUGCAUCCGGAUUCAUCCUGUCUGAUGAUCUGACUGCUGUGAGACAAGGAGAGGAGGAGCAGCUUCCUGAUAAUCCAGAGAGGAUUUAUGGUGACUUUUGUGUCCUGGGCUCUGAGGGUUUUAACUCAGGGACUCACAGUUGGGACGUCGAGGUCAAAGAAAACAGACAUUGGUACCUGGGAGUGUUUGAAGAGUCUACUGAGAGGAAGGCAGACACAUGGUCUGGAGUUUGGGCAGUAGAGUUCUAUCGUGGUGAAUACGGUACACUUUCACCAUCAUAUCCAGACACUUAUCCCUCAGUUCAGACAGAACCAAAGAGGAUCCGAGUGAAUCUGGACUGUAACAGAGGAGAGCUGUCGUUCUCUGAUCCUGAUACUAACACACUCAUAUACUCCUUCACACACACUUUCACUGACAGGAUGCUUCCAUUCUUUUGUAGCGGGGAUUUCUCCCCACUGCAGAUUCUCCCAGAGAAGAUCUCUUUGAGCGUGGAACCAAACUAAACAAACAUGAUGUUAUGAUGGCAUUUGAUCCAGUCACUUCUGAUAUUUGACUACAGAAACUUUCCUUUCAUGGUUUACAGUCAACAAAUCUGUGAUGGAUCUAUGAUGGACAUGUUUACUAAGCCACAAACAGAAAAGCUCACAAUUGCUGUGUUGUAAUUGUGGGCUGUUAGAUUUCAUGCUGCUCAUUUUUUACAAGAAGUUUGUGGCAAAUUCAUGACACUUGUUUGAAGAGAAGAAGUCAGUGGGGGUUGAUCUGGGGGGAUUGAUCCAUUGAUCACCUGUAGAGAACAGGUAGCGGCUAUUAUUUGACUUUUCAUGGAUGAUUUCUGAGAUGUGCUGCUGUCUCAGCACUUUCAUUUCUUUAUUGUAGCUGCUAAGUGUAUAUUUGUAGACUUCUGAAUGGAUCUGAACUUUGUUCUUUGGCCGUUGACGUUCAGCCUUUCUCUGAGAUCUUUUUAGCAUCCUCAGCCUUUCCCCAUUUCUCCAAGGAGCCUUUGGUGUUUGCUUCAUUUGUUGAGAGAAUCCACAUUCUGCUGUUAUUAAAUGACUUUCCUGAAGCUGAAAUGACAGUACCAUGGCUUAAUGCUCCUUUAUUGAGGCUUGUUAAACAUUUAUCCUAAGGUGAUAUAACAGAGUAUGACAUGUCUGAAAUCUGCCCUAGCAACAGGCCGGUUUAUUUUUGUUGUUGUUUUUUGUUCUGUGGCAGUGGAAGGGUGUGCAAAGGUUAUCCACUUAUAAAAAAAAAAAAAACAUUCAUAAUGUAGACAAGUGGAGGUGAAACCACAAGAGACCUUUUGGUGAACUUCUAAGCACAGCAAGGAGGUUUUUGCUUUGGGUGAACUUCUUUGACCUCGGCAGGUGACCUUUUGGAUGAACUUUGAGUUCCACUAAACUACAGUGACCUUCUAAAUUCUAAACUUAGAUUCAACAUAGGGUUUUCCCUAAAGUCUGCUUUCUAAGAUGACUUUUCUUGGACGUCACAGUGUGGGUGGAGACCUAGCGUACCUAAUAAAAAGGCCUCAGAUUUCCUGUCCGGGCUCUCGUGCAGAGUCCAACCAUAGGCUCAGAUUGGCAUGUACCUGUUCUUGGGUCCUGAGACCUUCUGUGGGUGAUCGGUGAUAACUCCUAUGGGUGAACAAACCAGUUCAGGGUGGUUACUACUUGUGAGUGGAAAGGAAACCCCUCUACAAAAGAGGGUAUGAAUAGAAGCUAACAAGUACUACCCAACGGCUAUUAAAAGUCAGGGAGACCCAUGCUGGUAUUUUGAUCACUGAAGGUAGCAUCAGCCGAUUAGAGUAAACAGUUUCUAUGGUCCAAUGGAGAACUACAUUUAACCAAAAGAUAUCUUUUGUGGUUUCAACUCCAUUUUGAAUUUUUGGUACUUAUAUUCUCAUGUUAAACCAAUAUGUUUUGUUUUUUGCUUUAAAAUUUACAUGUAAAUCCUUUUCAUUCAUGUAAUCAUUGAAAUUUUCAUAUAAUCCAUUUUUUCUUUGCUGUUGAUGCCUGUACUCCUCAAUGAAAUUUGCUGAGUCUAAUCAACUCAGGUUUGAUUUUUGAAUUUCUGGAGUAUUUUUGGUACAUAUUUUUGCCGAGGCUUUGUCAAAAUAAAAAGGGUUUUAAACCCCCAAAUUUAGUUCUUGUUUUUUUCUGUCAACAAAACUUCUGGACUAGACUAAACUAACAAACCAGCAGGAUAAACUGAUUAACACUAAACUGAAAUUGAACAAAGAAAGUGAAAAAUUAACUCCUGAAAAAUCUAAAACUAUUACAACUUUGCUCUGAAUAUCUAAGUAUGCGCUGCAUGUCUCCACUGUUAAUAUGUUUGAUGAUCCUUAAUAAAGGCUGAGAAAUAUGCUGCA